AGAGGGUUUUUUGCGCCGGGUGUGUGUAUGUGUGUGUGUGUGUGUGAGAGAGAGAGAGAGAGAGAGAGAGAGAGAACAAGCAUGGAGUAAUUCAGCGCUUUUUUUUAAUUUAUCUCUCUAUUUAUUUUAUUCUAUAACCGAAGGAAGUAGAAGAGGCGCGUGCGUGCCAGCAGCAUGUCAGGGUACAGAUGUGUUUUCUUCACCCAAAGCCAUGCUUAAAUUUUUACCAGCGGCUCUCUGUGUGCUUCUGUCAGUGUCGUGUCUACGAGCAGAUGAAGAACGUGAGCUUGCUGCACCACGAGAUGUUCAUUUCCACUCGGUGAAUCUGAGGAACACAGUGCACUGGAGCUCAGGAACAGCUGACACCCAGGGCACCACCUACACUGUGGAGUAUGCAAUAUACGGAGAUGCUGUGGAUGUGGAAGGAAGUGAGCAGGUGGUGUGGAGGCCGGCGCAGCAGUGUGCUGAUAUCACACAGACGGAGUGCGACGUGACGGAACAGACCGGUGAUAUAGAGGAGGAGUAUUACGUCAGAGUGAGAGCUAACGGGCGUGAAGGGCACUCGGAGUGGACCGAGACCGACAGACGGCUCAGACUCGCAGACACCGUCCUGGGACCUCCGCAGCUGAACAUAUCUGUGGUGGAAAGCAAACUGCAGGUAAAGCUGAGCGGCCCGUUCCGAUGGAGGAGUCUGGGAAAGAAGCGGCAGUCGAUGUUUAACAUCUUCCCUCAUAUGGUCUACAACAUUAGCGUGUACAACAACAGCAGCAAGCGCAUGCAGCACUUCCUGCAGGCGAAGAAGCUCCUGCAGCAUGGCCCCCUGGAGUAUAACUCAGAGUACUGCGUGAGGGCAGAAGUGCUGUCGAUGUCCCUCCAUCUGACCAGCACGCUGUCCGACUGGAUCUGCAUCUCCACUGCUGAUGACCCGUUUAAAUCUCAAAUGCUGCUGCUGAUGUUAGGAGGCAUCCUUCCCACUGCUAUCUGUCUGUUUGUUUUAGUCGCAGUCGGAGGUUUCGCUUAUUACUACAUCUGUGGUCACAAACCGAGGCUGCCCAAGAGUGUGACGGACAUUCAAAGGGAUGCAGAAGUGGAAAGGAAACUCCAGACAUUCCAGCCGGAGAAACAUCUUCCCACCAUAAACGUGAUCAUCAUCAACAACACCAACCUGAGCACAGGAGAAUCAAAGCACAGUUUCCUCAGCUCGCUUCAUCAUGGUGUUGAUGUUCCUGAGCGCUUGCCACUUCCUGAGGUGAGGGAAACAAUGGGAGGAGAUUAUGCAGCACAGAACGUCCAGCAGACCUCAGCAGCAGCAGCUUCGUGUCCACAAAGCCGUCGCAGCUCUCUGAGUGAGGAAUACUGCUGGGUACACCAGGAGGAUAGGAACCAGGUCGCCUAUUGCCCGAAUAACUCCAAGGUGGUUCCACAAUGUGUGGGCGGAAUCAGCUCAUACAUGGCUCAGACUGGAAUAACUGAACAAGCACAAGAGACAUAUGAAGAAGAAGAAGAGAUCCAAACUACAUUUUGUAACUGGGACCUAGAUACUAGCCACCUCCAGCUGGACUUCCCUCUGCUCAGCAGGUUCAGAUUGGAGACCUCAGAAACCACCGAGACGCAGAAGAGAGUAACAAAGACGCAGAUGCCACGCCGCCCUGACCUCACCAGUGUAGUGGUCAAACAAGCUUCAGAGGAGGCCGGAGAUGACGACCUGCUUCUGAACUUGGAGAAACACUGGGACCUGCAGGUGCAGAGCAGCACUGAGUAGAUUCCACAAAGUUCCCAGUCACCACUAUUGGAGUUUAUUGAAUAAACACUCAACGUUCCUUUAUCUUAGAGAAAUUGAUGCAGCUUCAACUGCUGUUUUCACGCAUCGAGAUCCUCCUGAUGGGCGUCAUGUCCUUGGUUUUAGAUGCAACAUGCUUUUGUUUCACUGUAAGAUAGAGGACAAUAAACACACAACAAUAAAUACACAGUUUGUUACACACUCAGGGACAGGGUUAGCUUUAGUGUUUCAUUUCAGUGAGCUCUGCUAAAGUCUAAAAACCUCAGAACAUUCCUUUCUAAUGUCUAACUAAAUUCAGAACAUAACACACAAAAACAUGAAUGAAGAUAUUUUUUAUACAUUCAUAACAGUGUUCACUUAGAACAUGCAUAUAAAAAGCAAACUAUGAAUAUCAGAUUCUACGAACAAAUUAUUGUUUUAUUUA